GCUCAGUCCGAGUUAGCAGGUCGAGGGGUAAAUUAGUUUGCUAGUGUUUAAAACUUAUUUACCCGCCGUAAUUAACCGGUGUAUAUUUCGUCAACUGCAAAAGUUAUCCUAUCAGAAUGAAAACACUAGCAGUAUUCUGUGUAGUACUAGCAUUAGCAUCUGCUUACGACCAAUCGAACAUCGUAGGGGCCAGGAUAGAGACGUGUCGUGGAUGCUCGUUGAACCGGCUUCCUCAAGUGAAGCAGUUCGUGAUGGAAGACGCGCCCCUGUAUGAACAAGUAGAAGUGAAGUUCAUCACUGGCGCGGCGCCUGAGGUGGUGCUACUUGGCGAGAACGACCACGAAUUGGAGAGGCUGCCGCUCUCCCACCUGGAUCGCAAGGAGUGUAACCAGUUACUUGAGGAAAGAGGGUUCGUAAAGAAACAAAAGAAAUCGGAGUUUUAGUUUGUCAUUUUAGGCCCACAUGGGUGUAAUAAAGUUACGAUUGAAGGUCAUAUAAAAAUGGAUUCAUAAUUAAUACCCAAACUAAUAAGGUAAAAAGCUAGAUUGUAAUAUGUGCUGUAAGUUUUACUACAUUCCAUGUGUGAAAAUGGUAUAUGAAGCAAUGUUUAGUAUUAACUUGUAGCUAAAUUUGCCUAUUAUGAUGAAAAUAGUCUUCUACUACUAGUACAAAUUUGUGUUUAGUUUAUAUAAGUGUACCUAAUAUCUGUAAUUAAGAGGAAUCUUGUCUGCUAUUACAGUGUUUCAUGGCCACUGACAAAGCUAGAAUUGUAAAAUAAUAAACAGCUUUUCACAAUA